CUUGCUUGGGUGUGUAAAGUGAUUUUCGUUUUUUAUAGUGUUAUUAGUGAGAGAGUUAUUUUCAAACCGUUUCGUAAAGUUGAAAGUUAAUAUAACUUAACGAUAGCUUAACACAGUGGUAGUUAGUAAUAAAGUGGUGGUGCAUCACAUGACAGAUCAAUGACUCCCAGUGGUGGUUGACAGAAAUGAACUCUGGAGUUGGGACAUGAAUGCGCUGUGAUUUGUCGAUCCUCUCGUUUAUCAGCGAGUGUUAGAGAUUAUACGGAGCGGCAGGCGUGUGUUAAAUGUGUAGUGUAGUGACAAUGGGGUUUGAAGUAGUGUGCGAGUGUGCAACGUCAAUAUGAUGGAGACAGAGCUCCCGCCCGGCAGCUGCAAUUCCACCGGCCACCUGUCCACCAUUGGAUGGAAUAUACCAGGUCGCAUGCACCACUCGGCGAGCACGCCGGCGGGCGUGGACGGCGGCGCGCGCACGCCCCCCGCCACGCCCAAGAAGGGCGGCAAAAUGCUCGCCGUACGCGUGCAGAUGCUGGACGACUCCAUCUCCAUGUUCCAGAUACAGUCAAAGGCGCUCGGUCGUGUGUUAUUCGAUCAAGUCUGUCGCCAGCUACAUCUACUAGAAGCUGAUUACUUCGGACUCGAAUAUCAAGAUGCUAACGGAACUAAGUACUGGUUGGACGUCGAGAAACCGAUGUGCCGUCAAGUUGGUCUGUCUAUGCUGGAGCCAACGCUGAGGUUCUGCGUCAAGUUCUACACGCCGGAUCCCGCGCGGCUCGAAGAGGAGUUCACGCGGUACCUAUUCUGUCUGCAAGUGAAGAGGGAUCUAGCGCAGGGCUGCAUACAAUGCAACGAAAAUACAGCUGCUUUGAUAGCAAGUUAUAUUGUACAAGCGGAAUGCGGCGACUUCGUGCCGGAAGACUAUCCAGACCACACGUACCUCAGCGGAUACAAGUUCUUCCCCGGCCAGGACUUGGAAUCCGAACGGCGGAUAAUGGAGAACCAUAAAAAGCACAUCGGUCAAAGCCCAGCGGAGGCGGAUUUAAAUUUACUAGAAACUGCUAGAAGAUGCGAGCUAUAUGGUGUAAAAAUGCACGCGGCAAAGGACCACGAAGGCGUGCCGUUAAACCUGGCAGUAGCUCACAUGGGCAUCGUAGUGUUCCAGCACUUCACCAAAAUCAACACGUUCAGCUGGGCGAAGAUAAGGAAGAUAUCUUUUAAGAGGAAACGGUUCCUCAUCAAACUGCACUCGGAGGGAUAUGCUCACUUUCGCGACGUGGUGGAGUUCUUCUUCGAAGGUCGCAACGAGUGCAAGAACUUCUGGAAGAAGUGCGUAGAGAACCACGGGUUCUUCCGAUGCACCAGUGUGCCGCGUCUGCCGCGACACAAGACCAGGGUCAUGUCCCGCGGGUCCUCGUUCAGGUAUAGCGGAAAAACUCAGAAACAGAUUGUCGAGUUCGUCAGAGACAAUUAUGUGAAGCGGCAGACAUUCCAAAGGUCGGGCUCGUUCCGCGCCUCGCGCUCUGCGGGCUCCUCGCGCGGCAACGUGUCCGCGCCCGCGCUCAACGCCAGCGUGUCCGCGCACCCGCUGCUUCCGCUGCCGCCGGGCUCCGACGCGAUUUCCCUGGAGUGGGACAAGCAACCUCACUACCUGGAGGCCUCUCUGAUGAUGAAGGGAUACUCGGCGGAGGAGGCGCGUGCGGCGGCGCGCCGCGCCAGCGCUCGCCCACCCCCACCAGCUACCGCCUACGCCUCCACGAGGGACAAGGCGGGUCCAGAGGUGGUGACACAUGCGGAGGUCAAUCAUCAUCCUACGGAGGAUUCGCCUCUGCCUCCUCAGACGACGACACCGUUGACAUCGCCGUGCUGGAUAGUUGCGGAGGACAGUGGGCGCGCGCGCGCUCCCACUCCGCCGCCUCGUGCGUCGCGCCCGCGCACGCCAGGUCAGACGCACACCGCCACCUGCACCCACACCCACACCAACACCCGCACUCUCACCCACACCCACACACCCACUGCCACGCGCCCCGACGCAGACUUCCCGCCCCUUAGCUCCUCCGAGCGCCUCGAGUACGAGCUCUCGCAGACCAACAUCUACUCCGCUGCCUCCACGCGAUCCUCACGCUCUGGCGGCUCGCUCGUGCUCGACGAACUGGACGAGCGCGACACACCUCCGUCACCGUCACCGCGCCCGCGUCCGCGCCCGCGUCGCACGUUGUGGCGCCGCAGCGCCUCGUGCCGCAACCUGCGCGAGUUCAGCUUCGACGAGGCCGGACGCGGAAAGCGGCGUCCCGACACGCGCUCUAUGCUAGCCGAUCUCGACGCGUACUGCACUCUAGCGCGCCGUGUCGACUCGCCCGUCACGCGCUACGACGACGCGCGUACGCUCGCUUUCGUACUGGCCGCUGGAGGCUCGCUCGACGCGCAGCGCGAAAUGAUCGGUCGCACCUACUCGUCCAGCUUCCCCGGCGCCGUCAGCGAACCGCGCCUCGACCUGCCUACUUUCGCCCGCAGCGGCUCGCAGGACGAUAUAUCGCACGACAGCUACGAGCUGAUCGAGCGCUCGGACGACGAGUGCUCGGAAAGGCGUCGCUACGCUCGGGUGCGCACACGAUCGCUAAUCGCGCGUACGCGCUCGUGCUCGCUCGACUCUGGCAACGACUUGCCAUCCGACGACGAUCAGUCCCUCUCACAUCUCUCCGAGGCCGAGGACCGAGAAGAGAUAUUGAAUAUUACUGGCCUUAAGUAUAAGAGUGACAACGACUUACCGUUGGAUCCCUUCCUUGUUGACGACCCGAGAGUACUCCCGCGGGAGAAGCUGUCAGUUCGCUCAGACGGAAAUUUCUACAAGGAGAUUAAACGUACUCUCGGUUCUCGUACCUCCAGUCAGGAGUCCAAAAGUGAUAUUUAUGAUUCUAAAUUGUCAAAGAGUAGCGCCGAGUCGAGUAAAAAAUCACGAGACAGCGUUUACCACACUGAUAGUAAAAAAUCUCGUGAGACACUUAAAAGUAAAAGUUCUGAUAGGUCGGGUUCUAGAACAUCUAGUCAAGAUUCCAAAUCUGAUUAUUACGAUUGUAAAAAGAAUUUGUAUGAGUCCGAAGACUUACACAUUAGGCGUCGCAGUAGUAUUCAGAGUGCUUACAUUGACCCCUUCGAACCGAUAUCUCCUUCAUCCAGUCCCGAUUCUGAAAAAGACUUUUACGACACCCAGUCUACUUUUAUAGGUAUGGAAAAACCAGAAUAUAGAGAAAAAACACUUUUUGAUAAGUCGCAUGAGGAUCUUAUUGCAAAUUUAGCUACCUCCCCUAAUUACUAUCACAUUCCAACACCAUACUCGACAUUUCCGUGUAAUAACAAGCAUAAAGAAUCUAAUGCAUUGCAUUCUUCGAGCUUACAAAAUGUUGAACUCGAUCAAUAUACUCAGUAUUUAGACUUGAGUCCCAUGAAAAAACCGGAUGAAUUCUCGACAGAGGAAGAAGAUAUGCUUCCGCGCACAACUCAUAUAUGGCCUGAGAAAAUCGCUGGCCUGGAAACAGAAAUUGAUAAUAACAGAUCCGUUAAAAUGCAUAACUACCAACGGCGUAGAUCAUCAGAAACUGUUUUUAGUUUUGACAAAGAUAAAAUAGAAUCACUAACUCGAUCAACUAGUAAAGAAAAUCCGCCAUCGCAUCUUGUCAAAGAAUCGUCGAAUGAGUCAGAUGUCAACGUCCGAAUAUUGCCAGCGAUGGACAGUAUUGAGUAUGCCAAGAAUAGAGCUAAAGCCGCCGCUAUUCAAUCUGGUGCAUCCUCAAUUCUUCAGUCCGAGUUUGACAAAUCUAUGCGCGGAAAAGUACACACACAUAUUAUUCGGAAGGAAAAUUUGAAAGAGGAACUUAUGGCUAAGACUCACUUUGAUGAGUAUAACCCUAAACUUAUACUUGAUACCAGUUCUAGUAGUAGACUCGCUGAUACUGCGGUGCCGUAUAUUCACCCAACAGUGGAAAGAACAAAAAGUGAUCCUAAUAGUUUGGCUAAUAGACCACGAUUUAGUAGUGUAAACUCAAGAAGACAUGUGCUUAUGCAUCAAAAAUCUAUCGAUUUAACACCAGCUGAAUCCAGUGAUGAAGAUUACAUGUUCCGACAAAUUCCAAGUGCUCCACCUAUUGCAACUAAGCGAUCGCACUUUGAAUUGCCCGUUAGACACUCUGACGUUGUGAGACCACUAUUUGAUUUGCCUCAAAAUUAUUUUAAAGAAUUUGAUGCAUUCAAAGCUGGCUUUAAUGACACUAAAAAAUCUAUUGAAGAUAGCUAUGAUAUUCCUUACGUUUUGCAUAAAAGACAUGUGAUGAAUGGAACUGCACCAUCACCUCAUGAAGAUAAGAGACAGCCACCGGAUAUUAUUACAUUGCCACCGCAAAACGGUCGUCAUGUUGUAAACGCUCACACAAGAUGUAAAUAUCACGAUCACCCUAAAUCUCCCCGUUCUCCGAAAUCUCCUAAGUCACCAAAGUCACCUAAAUCACCAAAGUCGCCUAAAUCCCCGAAAUCCCCAAAGUCACCUAAGUCUCCAAAAUCACCUAGAAAUAGUAUCCAAACAGAACAUGUAUCAAAGUAUUUGGAAGUUGAAAAUCGCGACUUUUUGUUUACGCAAAAUAUUGAUUUAUCAAAAGUGGAUCCUGUCACUCUAGAAAUAAAUAAAAGUGGACAAUUACAACAUCUGCCAAGCCCAAAAAGAGACAUAACAAAAAGUUUAGAUUCUGCUUUGCUGGAGACCUUAAAUUCUAAACUGAGUCAAAUAGAAAGUGAUUCGGCUACGAGUUCGAAAACGGAUAGUAUGAGACAAGAACCACACUAUCCACAUGACAUUAAAUUUGCCAUAAAUGGAAGAAAUGUUCAACAACCACCUAUUUGUAAGGAUCCCAAGCCGCUUACUGCAGCUGAAAAGCUACGUGCCGACAUUAAGUCAAAAUCAGAGAAAUUGCCUUCUAAAAGAAUGCCUAAAGGGCGCGGUACUGCUAAAAAAGGCGUCGGUGUCAAAGUUAAAAAUAAAAGUAACAACAAGAUUAGAAUAACUUCGUUUUCAUCGGACGACGAAAGUGUAGAUUCUGAUGAUGUUUUUGGCACUACAGAAGCUGCACCAAAAUUGGAAUUUUCACCACCACAAUCUCGUAAAGACUUGGAACCUAUACUUCAACAUGAAUAUGAUAAAAUUACAUCUGGUGCUUGGCACAGAGGGCAAACUAUGAGCUCAACAGAAAUAGAGGGAUCACCACCACAAUGCCGUAAAUUAGCUGAACUAGAAGCAAAGUAUAACCCACAGAUUAUUGAAAGUGUGAUUGGAAAUGCUACAGAAUUAAGGCGAAUUUCUGAGCGAUCUAUUUCCAUUCCAAGUUCAGAAGAUGACAUUAUUCCUAAAGCGGUAGAAAUAAAACAAGUUAGCAAAGAAAGUUCAACUUGGGAAUACACUGAAAAUAUUCCUUCGCCUAUAUUAGAAAGUACGGAAUUUUUAAAAUCUGACGAUGAGCAACUUAUUGAUAUGGAGAUUCAAAAAGUCACAGGGAUAUUUACCACAUCAGAAGAGAAAAAUGAUGUUAUGCAGGUUGAUAAGAAAGACUGUAUAAAACUUGAUAUAAAAAAGAGUUUGCGGGAUGAAUUAAUUUCACCAAUGCUUCGAAAAACAGGAGGAACUCCGAUUCUUUUCGCUCAUGCUAGGUUGAAUCUCUCUGAAGGCUCAGUAUUUUCUCUACAGCGUCAGAAAGCUCAAGAGUCUCCUACAUCUAGCCGUAGGGCUAAAAGCUUAGACACGCCAGUAAUUCAAUUACAUAGAUUGCCUCCAAUGAAUGCUUUUUCGUCAAAAGAUGAUACCGUCGAGGAUAUAAAUGAGGAAGGCGUUAUCAUGGAAGAGAAGCCGUUAAUAGAUGAUAAGCCUCUAAAAAUUGGUAUUUCAAAGAAAGAGAUCAUUGAUAAAAUUGAGGAAGUAGAAGAAGAGCAUGCCGUCGAAUCGUCUGUCUUGCCAAAAGCUGUUCAGAUUGAUAAUGAAGAAAUGAAACUUUUAGAAGAUUUAGUUGAGCAACGAAGACCUCGAUCAUUUAAGCGGCAAUACGAUAUAAGUAAAAUAAUAUCGAAAGCAAAAUCACCGUCUAGGUCUCCUAUUAACCGGUCACCAUUAUCUCGUUCACCGUUAUCAAAGUCACCUUCGAGAUCACCAACUUCUUCGCUUAAUUCACCGAGGGGCAGUAUUCGUAAAUUAUCAGAUUUAAGUGAAGAUCAAAUAGUACCUGACAUUGAAAGAAUUAAAAGAAAAGAUAAGAAAAAAUUAACACUAAAACCAAAACCUGAUGAUAAACAAAAAACUAGCAAGUUAAAUAAAGCUGGAUCACUAGAUACUAACGCUACAAAAGUAAAGGCUCUUCAAACUCAAAAGUCAUUGCCGUCUUCACUUAAAGAACGUCCCGAUUUCUUGACUGUGCCACCUUUAGAUAUAGCUAGAGCUAAAAGUCAAGAAUUGGAUCAAGCUGUAAAAAGGGUUUCCAAAGAAAAAUCGAAAUCGUUGGAAAAAAUGGAAGUUAAGCGUCCUGGUAGUAAGGAAAGAACUAAAUCUCAAGAAGAUAGUGAUACAGAAAUUGCAAAACGUAAAGAGAAGCAACAAAUGCUCUUCGAAGCUGCACUUAAACAGACGAAAACUCUUAUAAGCCCCGUUAAGGACACAUUACCACCAUUCCCUCCACCUGAAGAUAAAAUUGUAGUUAAGACAGAAGGAGACAAAAUAAUUAUUGAAACGAAAAUUAACAGUAAGGCUGAAGAUCAUGUAUUUAUAGCGAAAUCGCCGAAAAAACUUGAUAAUAAACUUGCAGGCAAGAUAAGCAGGAGCUUCGAAGAUCAAAAGUCAACAAAGAAUAACAAUAAAAUUAAUAAAAGUAUGGAUGAUAAGUCUAGUCAAUCGCUGGAAGAUAAAUUUGAUGAGUUGGCAAGUUUGCAAAAAUCUCCUAAAACUUUGUCAAAGAAGCAAGAAAUAAAGCAACAAAUCGAGGGUAAGGUAGUUUACCAGAAAGUUCAUCCAAGUGUUAAAUCAAAAAGUUUGGAUAGAAAAGUAGAUCCUUACUUAGAAGCGAAGGUGAAAUCCAAAAGUUUGGACAGAAAUUAUGUAACUCCUGCAUCUGCAUUAGAACAGACUUCUGAUAAACAUUUUAAAUUAGAAGUUGUGACGGUUGACGUCCAUCCAACUGUGAAUGAAGAAAAGGAUCUUGUUGAUCCUGAACUCGAAACUAGGGAAGUAUCUCCUACAAACAGUUAUAAAGACAAAACGGAAGAGGAUUCUUCUAUUGAAUGGAUAACUAGCUCCCAACAUACCGUCAUAGAAAAUGAUACUCAGACAGUUAUCAUGGAACGAAGAAAAAUAGAAAUAUAUAAUAAACAACGACAGUCGGAGCUUCGUGAAAGUAAGAGUAGUCAAGAUUUGCAAAAAAUGUCAGACGAUAAGAAGCCUGAAGUAACACGUUUACUAAGUGAAGAAGAGUCAAUUACUGAAAUAAGCGAAUUAAAAAUGUCCGAUGAAAGCAAUAUGUUGGGUAUAUUAUUGCCUUACAUAGAUGCCGAUAGCUCAUCUGAUCAAGAUCAGACAUCAAAAAAAGAAAAGUUGUCUAAAUUGCACCUUAAGGUAAGUGACGAUACUGUGUCAGGGAUGACUGAGCAUUGUGAUGAGCUCACAGUCGAUACAGAUCUACCACUUUCGGAUGCACCUAUAAGCAAAAAACAUGUGGAAGCGCAAAGUACUUUCGAAGAGUCCUCUGCUAGUCUAGCCGAAUUUUUAAGACAUGAAUCUAUGUCACAGUUAUUAAUCGAAAGUGAAUCAGAAUGUGAAGUAAAAAUGAAAGAAUUAUCAAAAUCGGUUGAUCUGGGAUUGAAAUUUAAAAAUAAAAAUAAAAUUAUUGUGACACCCCCACAAGAAAAUAGUCCGACUAUUGAAAAUAUUCCAUUUAUUGAUCCUGUUUCAAAGUCAAUGCAUAAAUCCGAAUCUGGAGAUCAUACGGGUAGUUCUGGUAGUGCAAACGAUGUAUCACCUACAGAUCCAAAGAAUGAACAAAAAACACUUUUAACUACUAAAUCUAGACGCGGCGAACUGCUCAAGUUGAGUGCCGAGCGCUCGCGAAGUUCGGAGUCUACUUCUUGGACAAGUAUAGAAAAGGAUGUAAGUCCUUCAAGUGCCAAUAUUAAAGGAAGCUCAAUCGAUGAUGAAUCUAGCGUGAGCUGUUCAAUUGCGAGACCUUUAGGAAUAUCCCAAGAUAUUGAAAAACUAAAUAAAAAAGAUAGAGAAUGCCUUGAAGAACUUAAACAAGCUAUGGAAUAUGGUGAAGAACAUUUGUUGUCUCAGCAUACGUUAUCAAGCGAACAUUCAAAAUCAAAUUCCAAAUCCCCAUCCCCCAUUCCUGAAAUAGGUCGUAUUGAAAGCCCAAGAAGUCCUUCAAAAUACGGCACAAGGAAAUCACCUACCCCAACAUUAGAAAAACAGGGGCAGGUAGAUUCACAAAAAGCCCCCUCCGAUUCAGAUUCCAGUUCUGAGAGUAUUCAUAAGACUGUAGAACAAUUAUCGAAGCCAAAUCAGAGAAAGAGUGCUUUAGAUAAAAUAGGAAAAUGUGUUGUUGAAGAGUCUGAAUCAAGCCAUUCAGCAGCAUCUAAAGCAUCUGACAUAAAAAAAGAAUUACAAAAAACUGUAAAGAAAACCAAGAUUGCUAUUACAAUAUCUCAAGAAGACCAAAAUAUGACAGUUGAUUUUGAUGAUGAUGGUAACGUUAUAACCAAAUCUUUUGAACGGGAGUUAAUGAAGAAGAGAGCUUUGAAAGACACUGACCAAAAAAGUUCGUCAAAGUCAAGUAUGGAUACUACAACUACAACUACGCCGUCAAAAGGAUCACUCAGCGUUGAUGACUCAUCUUCGCGACGAAAAGGGCGGUUGCUUGAUGAUCAAAAAAGUUCAUCAAAAUCGAGCAUGGAUUCAAGAGGAUCUCUUAGCGUAGAAUCAAGAGGUUCUUUUGAGACCACUGAGUCUACGUCGGGAUCUCUAGGCGAAGCAUACCGCCGUGGCGAAGAAUUAAAGCCAACUUGGCGACCAUUUUUCGGAGCCUCGGGUAGUGAAAAUAGUACAAGUAUAGAAGAGGCUUGGAUUCCUCAGGAUCAUGAAGGUUAUGAAAGUUUAAACGUGAACAAAGAUGUUUUUGAAUAUAAUAAUCAAAGAAUGUUAGAUGAUUUUCAUUCAUUUUCUAAAAAUCCACCCCUUUCUUCAAAUACAUCGAAAGAUUCUACAGAAGCCGAUUUCACGGAUGAUUUGAAUGAUUUUCCUGUUAAUUUCCUGUAUCCUGCUACAUCGUCUACGUCGACACCUGAUGUUGUUAUUGGCUAUGGACAAAACUUUGGGCGUACCUUGUCGCGAAUCUCAGAGCGUAGUACGGCCUCGGAAAAAACGAGCGCAGAUGAAGAUUCUACUAAAGCUUGUUCACGAUCUGAGAGUAUAAAUGAGGAAUCUUUAAAUUCUAGUGAUCAUCAAGCAAGUCUUAGUUCCGAUCCUCCAAGUAAUGCCAAUGUUGCGUAUAUAUCUGAUACAGAUCGAAGGACGUCAGCGGAGAUGCCUGAUAUUCCUAUCGAUCAAACAAAAAUCAGUGAGAUGUAUUCAGAGUCCAAAAAAGAAAUAGAUAAGCUAAAUGGUAAAAAGGGGGAUGAAUCUAAGAAGAGUGAAGGCAGCCAUCCUUUAGCUCCCUUAAAACAGUCAUCAGCAAGUGAAAGUCAAGAUUCUGAGGAUUGGCCAUUGCCGGAGUUACCACCCACAGUUGCGCCCAAAUCAAUAAUGCCCGAAGUAACGAGGCAAAAAUCUAGUGAAUAUGAUGAAUUGAGUUCUUUAGUUUCUGAGACUUUAGAAACGCAUAUAGUUGAAAAAGUCCAUAUUUACUAUAUGAGCAACGAACCAGAACAAGCUAUGAAAGUUACGAUUCAAUCGGAAAGCUCUAAAGGUCAUGUUGGAUCAGAUGAUGACAGUGACACUUUAAAUAAUGAUGAAGAUUUAGAGCGAGAUGUCCAAGAAUCAAAAUCGGAAAAAUCUACGGAACAAACUUCAGGAGAUUUACAGGUAAAAUCUAAACCCAUACCUUAUGAGAAAUCCAGUUAUAUGGUUGAGCCUUUAGAUAAUCAUGACGAAUUUACAUGUAUUAACAAAGGUGUCGUUCCUAACUAUGACAAAUCAUGUUUAAGUGGUACUAUAAGCAAAGCUUCAUGUCUAAUGGGUGAUAUGGGUUCUUGUUGUACGCGGUCUGAAAAUAAAUCAUUUAGUGUCAAAAGUAAUUUAGAAGAGAAAGUUAUAAUAAGUCAGCCUCAAAAGUCCCCAACAAACCUUAGUCCGAUAUAUGAUGAAGAUCAUUUAUAUACCGACGAUGUAUUUGGCGGUGCCGAUAGUAAGUCUCUGUCUCCUGAUUUUGAUAAAGGGCUGUCACAAAUAGGUACUCACAAAUUUUCGUUUGGCUCUAAUAACUCUGACACAAGUAUUGAUGAUAUGCUCUCACAAACAAAUAUGGAAGAAACUGUUAGAGCCGUGGCUAAACUCAGCGUUGGAAGUUCAGGGACAUGUAAAAGAUGUAGUCAUAGUAGCCAUUCGGAGGAAGAAACAAGUUCCUUUGGCACUGAUUUGGAUGGUACUGUUAAAAUAGGCCUCCCGCAAAAGAAAUGCACUCAUAGCUCUCACUCUGAAGACACAUCAAUUUGUUUAAGUAUUUCUGAAUGGUCAACAGGAACCAAUACAGUUCGACAAUAUGCUAAUCUUUCUGCUUCAGAAAGUAUAUCAGCUGUAUCCAUUCCAAAGAGUGAAAAGUCUGAAAAGGCUGCAACCAAGAAAUAUUCUGCUUCGCAAACGAGUAAAAAAUCAGAACCCAUACCAAAAAUAAGCUCUCAAGCAGAAGCAAGUUCUAAAAGUAGCAGUCUAGAUAAGAGUUCUGAGAAUAUUAAAUAUGACAAAUUGUGUAGUUCAGAUACAACAGUCUCUAGAAAAGGGGUUGACAGCAGUUCGGGGACAAAAAGUGAUAGUACACUUACGUUGGCUCAGUCUAUAUCUGACUGGUCGGCGAGCACAAGUCAUACUCUCAUUGCUACGGCGCGGGAAGAUCAACCAGAUCAAGAUAAUACAAAAUCUGACAAAACUAUUGUAACCGAGCCGUCUCCUGUUGAAGAUAAAGAGGAUACCGAAUUGAAUACUGAAACGGUUUUAAUGCCAUCCAAAGACACCAAUGAUUCUAAUGAACCAGUAUUAAGACUGACAGCUCCGUACACAGGAAAAACGGACAAAUCUUCUUCAAUAAGCUAUAGUGACAAAUCUGAUAAAUCAAGUUCCAGUUCUCUAAGUAGUUUACAAAAACAUACUAAUGGAGUUCUUAGAUUUGAUCAAAGGCUUAAAGGAUUUUCUGCUUCACAAGAUUUAUCACAGGAAAGGUACUCGAAAGCGCCUCCUAAAAGUUACAGUUACGAAGAAGAAUCGCGCAAAUAUGUAAGACCGGCGUUAAGAUGCCAGAGUGAAGAGAUUGGGUAUGAUAAAGCGUACUUCUUUGGUCCUCAACCUGAAAUAGAUAUAGAUAUACCGUCUCAAUUAUAUAGUCAAGAAGAAAAGCAUAGUGAACGUUACCAGAGUCAAGAAUUUUCUAAUAUUAUUCGAGAUGAAUCUAGCAGUCAAUUUGUAAGGUCUGACUAUAAACCUCUGGCAAAGCAUGCUAGUUAUGACGACAAAACAUUGUCUAAGAAUCAAAUAAAAGAGUAUAAAACAUCUCAACAAUUUCGUAGUAAACCGAAAAGCUGGUCUUUUCAUGAACAUUAUUUGUCAUCGUCUGAUUUACCUGUUAUAACUGUUCCGGAAUUACCGAGAGAUUCCAUGCACAGGGAAUUGCAAGAGAAAAGAUCUCUAGAGAGAUCCGGGAAAACCCCACUUUCUCGGUGCUCGCCCUAUUAUUCCAGUAGUUUAAGCUCUGAAUCUCCCCCAAUACAACCUCUUAAGGCGCCAGUUAAAAAAUCGCUGCUUGUGAGAAAUAUUUCUCUUAAAAGUCCACCGAGCGGUAAUGACACUGACAGUUCUUUGGAUGUUAUUAGAGAUCCUCGCGAAAGGAUGCGAACUUUUAGACGUAAGAAGCAAGUCACAAAUACUCGUAAAAAACAAGAAAAAAUACAAGAUGUAUUGGAGGAAGACUCAACAAAAAGUCAGUGUUCCUCAGAAAGUGACAAAUUCAAAGGAACCAAAUAUCUGGCAGUCGAUGAUUCAAUGCGACGCAUGGAAAGUUCCGAGUGUUCUGAUAGCUACAUUCCGGAAGUAGAAUCGGGCUCAUCCGAAUUGUCUAAAGCAGAUUCUAAGAACGGUGACAUUCCGGAACCUGUGAGUUAUUCUGAGGACGAUGAACAAGUUUGCUAUGCCAAGUAUAAAAGCGCUUCCUACGAGGCACAAAAGUUUCCUGUAAAUAUUAAUCCCGUGCAAUUCCAAGGUUUUGGCUCUUCUGCUGAUGAAGAUGAAAUGGGUUUCCCUCGAUUUGACCGAUUAGGACGAUUACGACAUCCUUAUCUUGAUUCACAAGAACCGCCUUUCGUACCCGAAGGCAGUCCUCCCAGAGCAUCAUACUCCAACAGAAGUAGUCGUCAAUCAUCUUUGAAAAGAGUUAAAUCUACUACAUCAUACCGCCAAUCUGAUGAGAAAUCGUUAGGGGAGUCCUCAGGACAACAUCAGCCUAGAGCGAUUUAUUACGAUGAGCCUAGUGACAAAGAGGACUCUGAUGACUAUGCAUAUCCGAUCGAUACUAUAAAAAGAGCGCCUAAAAUAAGCAAGUCCGGUAGCUACCUAUUCGACCGCGGGGAGUCGGUCGCUUAUUCCGAUUCGGAACUACCACAACAAAAAGAUGAAUAUGAGGCAUAUAGAGGAAGUCCGUACCCAGAACAUUAUGAAGAAGUUGAACAUAUGUUCCAAACGCAAGAGUUUUACCCUCAAUAUGAUCACAUUCAGCAUAUGGAUCCGAACGAUGAACGGUUUGCUAGGGAUCUCGAUCAGCGCUUUAGUCUAAAUAACGUUGAACGUUUUUACUCGAACCACUACGUUGAUUCGCAAGCUUCGAGCGAUAGUCCCGAGCAAAAGUUUGACGUUUCCACUCUCCCUCCGCCUCUAUGCUCCGAUGACGAUAAUGAAUAGCUGCAUUUUUAAAUUUAAGACAAAGUCAUCGUACCCUCAAUU